AUGGCACCUUCUGUCCCUGACAACACUUCCGUGAAGGCUUCUACCGAUCCCCUGAAUGCCUCUGUCUAUGACAACAUGUCAACCCAGUCUCAAAUGGGUAGCGUUGAAUCCAGCCCUGCCCGAACCAUUCGCAGGGUCAAGUCUUCACCAUGUCUAAGAGACCAGAUAUCGUCCGAUGUUCCUUUCAUCACUCAAAGAGCCUACAAGGCGCACGUCAGCAUAUGUAAGAAUUCCAUUACACAAGAAACCACUGAGCGGAGUCAAAAUGCCGAGCAGAGUCGUGAUCGCACCUGCGACACAGAGCGGAGCCCUAGCAACACGCGCCAUGUGGAGGAACACAGUGAAGACAACAUCUACAACGCAGAGCGGGUCUCCCCAACUCCGACUAUUGACAAGGAGAACUUCGGUUCAAUCCUUUCAUCGUUUCCGCCUACACCAAAACGCUGGUCAAAUGCAACUUCGCACAGUCGAUGGCCCGAGCCUCAGCUGGGUCCCAUCAUCGAACAGUCGAGCGUUACUUCAGGACGUACCUCCCACUCUCUACCACGGCCGGUAGCAAUCCCUACGGCAACCCAACCAACACAGGCGCCAUGGGCUAUCAGAGCUGACGUCCCAACCGUCUUGCUCGAUCCGACUUCUGGCUCAGAGGAGACGUCAAUUCCAGCACCAAACAUUCUCGGGGAGCGAGGAGGCUUUUCGGCUUCGUCCGAGUCUGCUGCAGGGCCAUCAACACCGUAUUCAUCUUACCCGCGGAUGCCCAUGCAGUCUCCUCCGGGGUCAAUUGAGACGCCUCCCGGCUUACCGUCAUUUGGUACUCGAGAGGCAACAACUUGGAGAUUGCGACAAGGUCCGUUAAUCAGACAAAUCCUGUACCAUUUUGUCCCUUAUUCCGACCCGUCUCUAGAUGAUCGUAACUACGAUGAAGAUCCGAUGCCUCGACAUCCUGCUCUGGAUGGCACCGGUGCCAUCCCCCUACGAAAUAGAAAUCGUCAGGACCAGAGCGGACCCUCUUCAACUGAAGCCGUAACGAGAACCUUGGCCGUGGAAGGGUUAUCUCGAUUACUCAGUACCGCACCCGAACAAGUCGACCUGCCACGAGCAUCAAUGCCAUUUAGAUUGUACACGUCCAACGUCCCUGGCUCGUUGGCCCUGGCUGACGAUGGUACACACAUCCGCGGCGAAUUCGGUUCCAGAACAAGUGGCCAUGGUGUGGGACGACGACAAUUAGAAUGCCAUCCUUUUGGACAAGCCAACGAUGUCGGAGAAAUAGUACAGGAGAUUGACAAGGCAUGUGAGCGCGUUGAUAUGGAACGCCUGGAGUCACAGACGGUGACUCCUUAUGCUCCAACACAGGGCUUCGGCAGGAUAUCGGUCACUGAUUCUCCAGAUGUUUCGCCCGGUGUGGCCACGCAGCAGGUGUCCUCUGAUGAGGGAGCGGGACAAGCCCAGCCUUCUCCGGCGACGACACCAUCGCCACCGGCAAGCAUGGAUGCAAACGUGGAGGAUGAACUUCGUGCCGCCAUAGCCCACGUCCUCCCGCAUCUCAUGUACUCCCACACUCAAUCACGCAUGCUGCAUGCCUCGGAAACACGGCUGGCUCGGCCCCAACUGAUACGAUUCAGUGCUUAUAGUCCAAAUUCGGUCGCUGAGCCACGGCCAGCAUUCGAGCAGCCAAGGCCAUAUCAGGAGAACACGGAAGGUGGCCACAUUGCGCGGAAUGAAGGACGCAAGGGUCGUUGGUGGGCGCCUAUGACUGCAUGGCUCAAGGAAUCCAGCUGUGGACUUCACACAUGUACUUGGCCCCGGUCUCGCCGUUCGAGAAUGUACUCUGCGCCCACUGGGGAGUAUGCCACCGCGUAA